CCGGACUGGGACUGACAUGCAGGUUGCAGGCAUACCACCACCAUCAAACAUCCUUGGAUCUCGACGACUUACUUACACUCUUAACGCGACACCCAAACUUACAAAUUUCCUUUUCGUUUCCAAAAUCACGGGCAUUGGUCCUAAGCAGGAUGGCCGCAAGAGCUCCCACUGGCCGACCCGGCGCAGGCGGCAGGUUUGCUCAAUUCAAGCUCGUGCUUCUCGGUGAAUCUGCCGUCGGAAAGAGCUCAUUAGUUCUUCGAUUCGUCAAAGAUCAAUUCGAUGACUACCGCGAGUCAACAAUCGGCGCCGCCUUCUUAACACAAACAAUCACGUUAGAUGAGAACACGACGGUCAAGUUUGAGAUCUGGGAUACCGCAGGUCAAGAGCGAUACAAGUCUUUGGCACCCAUGUACUACCGAAACGCGAACUGCGCCGUUGUUGUUUAUGAUAUCACCCAGGCUUCGUCACUAGACAAAGCCAAGUCAUGGGUGAAAGAACUGCAAAGACAGGCGAAUGAGAACAUCAUCAUCGCACUGGCUGGAAACAAGGUGGAUGUGGUCAAUGAAUACCCCGAUAAGCGUGCGAUUCAAACCGCCGACGCUGAAGCCUAUGCCAAAGAAGCAGGUCUGCUCUUCUUCGAGACAUCCGCAAAGACGUCGACCAACGUCCGCGAACUAUUCACUGCCAUUGCCAAAAAGUUGCCCCUCGACCAGGCAGGUCCCCGCAAUCUGAGAUCGAAUCCACGACCCGGAGUAGAUCUACGACCAGAAUCAACAGGCACACAAGGAGCAGGAAACUGCCAGUGUUGAUCAACCACCCACGCUUCGCCCAAAUUGUUUCUUUCCGUGUUGAGCUAGCAGGCGUACGGCUGGGCGAUUGAGGCAUGCAGGGACGCUGGAUAGGGAUGAAUUUUUGCGAUGAAUCAGAGGUCGAGGUCACAAUCACCCUGGAACAGGCUCGUCUCGUUCAUCAUCUAUGAGUUAUACUGCAGAGGUUGGCGUUUUAAGAACGAUCCGGCCACCAUUGUCUUUUUACAAUCACAUUUUAAUGCUUAGACAAUGUUUUACCACAAUUCCGGCCUGUGUCUCGCUACUGAAUAUCGC